AUGUUGUUCUGGAAAGUCGAGCCAACGCCAAUUCGAGCCCGCGCGUGGAUGCUAGAAGGUUUUGACCACCUUCAAGUCAACAGGCUCAACCUUCCCCGUCACCUGGAAGGAAUCAAGAAGGAGCUUAGUAAAGAGUGGGUGAAGCAUAACAAAGCUUCAGCAAAGCAACCUGCGACGAGAACCAAAAGGAAGGCAAACGCUAUCAUCAGCGCACCUGCAAGCAAGAGGGCCAAAGGGACUACGCCAAUCAAGUCUGAGGAAACACCAGACGCAAUGCUACCUCCACCUCCCCCAAAGCUUCUCGGAAAUCUCAAAGGAAAGUACGCAAUCCUAACGGACUUUGCUUGCUGCGAUGGGCAAUCAGACCCUGCACACGACUACAUAUGCAAUAUUGUAUUGUCACCUGGUGACGGCGAGACUAUGCGAGGCCACCUCAACAUGGGCCAAAUCAUAGAUUACAACAUUUUGAUGUUCUUCGAGAAGCGACCGACUGAGGCAUCCUCCCAAAAGGUCUGGUUCAGAUGGCGAGGCACCAAGGCAUACGGCAGUUACAAGAAAUACAGAGGUGACAACAACCAUGGAUGGGUCAAGUUUCUCGGAGACUGCCGAAUUGAGGUAUGGUUUGACAAACUAAAAGUGCAUCUGGAUGCGCAAAAGGGGAGGGGCAUGGGCGAGAACCAAAAACACAGCAUGAGCGGAUUUUGGGAAGACUGGCAUGAUUAUGACGACAAGGAAAUCGAUCUUUUGGAUACGUCGAAACUAUUUCAUGACUGGUAG